UCCCACAUCUGAGGGAUGCAGCGCGUGCUCGUCAUGUUAGUCGGAGAAAUGGUCGCCUGACGAGCAUCACUGGAUCCUGGAGCCGAGAAGAGCUCGAAUUAACAUGUAAAUACAGCAGCGGCGUCAAGGGAAAACAUCUCUCCAGAUGAGAUGCUCGUUUUGUUCGGAUGACAGCACACAUCUCAACUCGACCACCAUCCAUCGUCAUAAACAUGCAUAUGUGGAUAUUGGCCAUAUCAUCUUUUGCCACGUUUUUCAGCCUAAUUCAGAUGUUCGACAUUUACGGGGAUAUAUGCACAGGCCUGUGCGUCUGUGAGGAAAGAGACGGGAUUUUUACAGCCAGCUGUGAAAACAGAGGAAUUAACAGUCUGUCAGAGGUAACGCCUUUACACUUCACCGCAUAUCAUCUUCUGCUCACGGGGAAUCUGUUAAAGAAAGUCUCGCUCAACGAUUUUGUUCAUUAUGAAGGACUCACCAUCUUACAUCUGGGCAACAAUGAUAUAUCAGAAAUUGAAGCUGGUGCUUUUAACGGACUCCAGGGAUUAAAGAGACUGCAUCUGAACAAUAACAAAAUUGAAGCACUAAAGGACGAAACGUUCCUCGGUCUUGAAAGCCUGGAGUACCUCCAGAUUGACUAUAAUUACAUUAGCCACGUUGAACCAAAAGCCCUAAGCGUUUUACGUCACUUAGAGGUGCUCAUCGUCAAUGACAAUUUGCUCUCUGCUCUGCCAAACAACAUCUUUCAGUACGUUCCUUUAACUCAUCUUGACCUGAGAGGUAAUCAGCUCAAAGUGCUUCCCUAUAAUGGCCUUCUGGAGCACCUGAGUCACAUUGUGGAGUUACAGCUCGAAGAAAACCCGUGGAAUUGUUCUUGCGAGCUCAUUGCGCUAAAAACCUGGCUCGAAAGCAUAUCCUACACGGCUUUGGUCGGAGACGUGGUGUGUGAAACGCCCUUCCGACUGCACGGCCGAGACCUCGACGAGAUCUCCAAGCAGGAACUGUGUCCCCGCAGAGCCAUCGCGGAAUACGAGAUGCGUGCAGAACCGGCUCACGGCAGCGAGAUCCUCUACAAAACAACGCCGGCGACCGUGACGGCGGGCUUCGCCUCCUCGACCAUCCUGCGCUCCACAAAAAGCAGCCGUUUGUCGGGAAAACUCCGCGUCAAACCCACUCCUCGCUCGUCCUCCAGCAAGCCGCAGAAUUACGGUCCGAUGUUGGCCUACCAGACAAAAUCCCCGGUUCCUCUAGACUGUCCGAACGCGUGCACGUGCAAUCUCCAAAUCUCAGACUUAGGGUUGAACGUUAACUGCCAGGAGCGGAAAAUCGAGAGCAUCUCGGAUCUCGAUCCCAAGCCGUACAACCCCAAGAAGAUGUACCUGACCGGGAACUACAUCUCUGCGGUGUGCAGUUCAGACUUCAAUGGCGCCACCGGACUGGAUUUGCUCCACUUGGGCAACAACCGCAUCACCAUCAUUCAUGACAGGACCUUCGGCCAGCUUAUACAUCUGAGAAGGCUUUACCUGAACGGCAACUUGCUCGAGCGUCUCACCGAGGAUAUGUUCUACGGACUCCAAAGCUUACAGUUUCUGUAUUUGGAGUAUAACGUCAUCCGGGAGAUUGCAUCCGGCGCCUUUCAGCAGGUGCCCAAUCUUCAACUGCUGUUCCUCAACAACAACCUCCUCAAGACUCUUCCGCCGGGCGUCUUUGACGGAUUAAACCUCGCUCGAUUGAAUCUGCGCAGCAACCACUUUCGAACUCUUCCGGUCGCCGGCGUGCUCGACGAACUCACGGCACUGGUGCAGAUCGAUCUGUUCGAGAACCCCUGGGAUUGUUCGUGUCCCGUUUUGGAGUUGAAAAGCUGGUUGGAGCAGCUCGGCGCCGGCACUGUGGUGAACACCGUCAUUUGCGAGUCCCCGCCGAGACUCUCGGGAGAGGACCUGCGGUACGUUCGCUCUUCUCAUCUCUGCCCGGAAAGCUCAAAUGUUCAGUCUUCCGUCGUGCCGCCCUCGGAGGAAUCCUUUCCCGGAAGUACUAUCACCUUAGAAACAGCUUUGGAUUAUGACACGCAGUAUCCAGCGGUUCCCCUUUCCGUUCUAAUACUCGCCUUGCUGCUGCUUUUUAUAUUAUCCGUGUUCGUCGCUGCAGGGCUGUUUGCCGUCAUAAUGAAGCGGCGGAAAAAGACUGAACGCUUGGCAUCGGUAAGCGCCAAUGCAAUCUAUAACGACAGGGCGAAGUCUAGAUCGGCGGCGGGCCAUGUCUACGAGUACAUCCCACCCGCGGCGGAGAGCCUGGCAAAGAACAGCGAGGGAAGCGUGACUUACAGAGACUUCGAAGAGCUCAACAGAGUUCUGGCAUCCAACUCGGAUGAAGACGUUGGGAGCGUCGCGAUAAGCUCCGAGUUCAGCGCGGGAACUCCAGACGCGCUCAACAGACACUCUCCACUCUUGGAUGACAACUACUUUUACCGGGAUAUCUUGGCCAGGGACCAGCAGGCCUCUUACAGGGGUAAUUUAGCGUGUAAACAUGGCACACAUGCAGACUUUGAUGUGAGGCAUCAGUACUUGAAUCCGGAGAGGGUUCAGCAGAGCAUGGUGUACUGCUCGACGCCAGCCGCCGUCUACAUAGAGCCCAACAGGAGCGAAUACUGGGAGCUGAAAGCCAAGCUUCACUUUGAACCCGACUAUUUGGAGGUUCAUGAGAAAAGGACAACUUUCACCCAGUUCUGAAAUAUGCAUUUGUCUUCAUUUUCUUUUCUUAAAAAAAAAAAAAAAAUUAUCUGAGAGACAAAAGGGUGAAUCUUAGAAAAAUUGUGCACCUCAAAAUUCAAAAAAAAAAAAAAAAAUUUAAAUACCGUUUUAUAUUUAUAGUGAUUUUUAUUUUAUUUUAUUUAUAUUUUAAUUAUAUUUUGCAUAAAGAAAAAGAAGCCUACUUUGUUUGCAUUAUGACAUUAUUUGCUGGACAAUUAAGCACAUUUUCCCUCAAUUUCCAUUGUUAUAUUGCAAAACAUAUAUUAAUGUGGAAACCAAUUGUAUUAUUUAAAUAGUAAAUUAGUUAUACAUCAUAUUUGAUGUACUGCU